ACCGAAUGCCUGAAUGCGUUGAAGGAAGGGCGCGCCGUUCCGCCGGGCCAUCGACAUGGAGAAGCAGCGGCUGAUCGAGUCCGGCUUCGUCUCCCACUGGAUGAACGAGCUGAUCGCGGACGCGGCGCGGGCGGCCAGGAGGGAGAAGAGGGAGAGCGAGGGCGGCGCGGCGGCCUCCGGGAGGCAGGAUUUCAAGGUGGAGUCCGGGAAGGUGGUGCUGAGUCUCCACCACCUGCAGGGCGUGUUCUACCUGCUGGCGGUGGGCUUCUCGGGCGCGUUCUUGGCGCUCCUGCUCGAACUGCUGGUCCACUGCUGCGGCGGCAGGGUGCGUGUGGCACAGAAGGCCAGCGGUCUCGACGCUUAAGGGGCGGAGGACAAC